AAGGUUUAUAAAGAUAUGUCUUUUUCCCUCCCUGUCUUCACUACAGGCUUAUUAUAAAUUCCAGAAGAGAUUCCGCCCUGCAUCACAGGAAAAAAUAUGGUUCGAGUUGUAAAAUGGGUCGUCUGUGCCCUUUUUGUGGCAAUUUGUAACUCCGAGGAAACGGGGGAAAGAUCAAAAAGAGGUGCGGGUUUCUACAGCAGGCCCAGCGCCAUCUCGUCCAACGUAGAUGCUAUGAUCCUCAAGUAUGACGUCUACUUCGAGAACUUUGGCUUCGGUAUCGGCGGGAAGCUGCCUGGUCUUUUCGGCGGAGAGAAUGGUGAUGGUGCUUACUUGUGCUCGGGCGGUUCAAACCCCUCCAGUUGCUUCUCUCUCAGAAUGAUGUGGCGUAAGGACGGAGAUGGUGAGCUCUAUGCUUACAUCCCUUCCAAUCAGGAAAGCGGAUUCAAACAUCGCGAUGACGUCAUUACAGAUAGCACUUACGGGCAGUCUUUGGGCAGAGGAAAAUUUCGAUUUAUGAAUAACAAAUGGCACUCGAUCUCGGAGGAGGUUCACCUCAACACCGUGGGAAAAACCGACGGCUGGGUCCAAAUCUGUGUCAAGGCCGAGGGUCAUUCCCAGCAGUGCUACAAAGCCAACAACUUGCGCAUGCGCAAUACCAACAGCCAUCACCUCAGAGGCAUGUUCUUCUCCACCUUCUUCGGAGGCAGUUCCCACGAUUACGCGGCGCCCAACGACUGUUACACUUACUUCAAGAACUUCCAGAUCUCAACUCCUGCCCACGCUGUUGUUGGUUAGAUUUAAUUGGGAUUAAGAGAACGUUAAAAAAAACCGAGGCUCUUAAUGGUUCACCAUGGCAAAUGGUGGUAAGUUAAAUAAAAUAGUCUUAAUUAAUUGUUCUCUAAGGAAAAAUAGUGAAAUAAAAUGGUUUCGACAUAA